GAGCCAAAAUCAAGUUAGAUGCUUAACUGCCUGAGCCACCAAGGCCCCCCUGGAGUACUCCUUUACAACAUACCUCAGGUCACUCCUUGCUCAAGACCCUGUGACAGCUGUUCAUCUCAGUCUGGAGACUCACAGAUUUACAAAGCCCAACCCCACGCAUUCUGACCACAUCUCCUGCUGCUGUCCCCCUCCUCCCUGCCUCUCUGCCACACUCUUGCAGUUCCUCAAACACAACUGGUCUCAGGGCCUUUGCACUAACUGUUCCCUCUGCCUGGAAUCAUCUUCCUCCAGAUUUUGGCAUGACUGGCUCCCUUAUUUCCUACCAGUAUUUCUCAAAUGCCACCUUCUCAGUGAGGCCUACCCUGACCAUCCUAUUUGAAAUUGCAACCUCCCUGCUCCAGCAAUUCCCAAGCUCAGUGUGACUUCCUAUAUUUUCCAUACCACUUAUUACCUUCUAACACAUUUGUUAUGGUUUCUGUUAUUAACUGAAUAAAAGUUAGUGGGAGAGACAGAUAAUAAACAGGAAAUAAAAGCAUGAGUAUAGGGAAUGUUCUGUAGUGGCUAGUGCUAUCAUGAAAAUACACCCCAGGGAUGUGAUAGACUUGAGGAUGAGCUACUUGACAUCGCAUAGUCAGGGAGAGGACAUUUAAGCCGAGACCUAGUUGGUGUGAAGGAGCCCUGAGAAGUUAGAACUGAGGGAUAGAGGUAAGAAGGAACAUUCUAGGCUGCAGGAACUGCAAAGGCUAGAGCUCUGAGCUGGGAACCACCAAAUUCAUGGGCAGAUAUUCCGACUUCCCUGGCUUCCAGGGCCGUCAGGAACCCCCAGCCUCCUGCGUUUGGUUGUGCAUUCGGGGAACCCUCACCACAAACCUACCCUUGGACCAAUUCCAGGCAGAGCCCUGGGGACCGCGGGUGGGUUGCAGGCCGGUGGGAGUGGCGGAAGCAGAAAUCGAUAAUCCCCAGAAACAGAAAUGUGGGCGCUUCUGGAGCCGGGUGGGGUUGCCAGGAAGCUCGGCGGGGCCUCGCAGACUGGAUAGGAGCCCGCCCAAAGGAGGCGCCGGGCCCAAGCCGUCCCAGGCUUGGCUCAGUGGGAAAAGUGGGCCGGGCGGGGAGAGGGGGCUGGAGAGGGGAAGAGAAGGACUCCGAGUUCUCCUGGCGGUGGGCUGGGUCCGAGGCCCGCGGACGGCCUGCGGCGGGGCCCUGGGUUCGAGGUCGCCCGCCGCUGACCAGCUCCGUGGUUCUGGCAAGUCUCGGCCUCUCCGGCCUCAGUUUCCCUCCCGCGUGGAUCCAGAAGCCGCUUCGCAGAUCCCCGGGUGCCCUAGGAACCACAUAGUCCGUGUGGCCAGACAAGCCAGGCCCCUGCCCUCUUGCUGUAAGCUCUGCUCAGUUCUUAUGGGAGCCAUGAGGCUGAACGAGAGGAGUGUAGCCCACUAUGCACUGAGCGACUCCCCAGCAGACCAUACGGGCUUUCUGCGCACUUGGGGCGGGGCAGGGACUCCCCCCACUCCCAGUGGCACUGGCCGAAGGUGCUGGUUUGUUCUCAAAGGCAACCUGCUGUUCUCCUUUGAGAGCCGAGAGAGCAGGGCCCCGCUGAGCCUGGUGGUGCUGGAGGGCUGCACGGUGGAGCUGGCCGAGGCUCCAAUGUCUGAGGAGUUUGCCUUCGCCAUCCGUUUCGACGCCCCUGGUGUGCGCCCACACCUGCUUGCGGCAGAUGGGCCCGCGGCCCAGGAGGCCUGGGUGAAGGCACUGUCCAGGGCGAGCUUUGGCUACAUGCGCCUGGUGGUGCGCGAGCUGGAGAGCCAGUUGCGAGAUGCCCGCCACAGUCUGGCCUUGCAUCGCCACUCAUCCUGGAAGGCCGUUACCAGCCGCUAUAAGCCCCAGGCUCCUGACCAUCGGCCUCCGGGCCUGGAAAACGGCCACUCCCUCUCCAAGGAUUGCAGCCCUGUGGACUUGGGUGAAGAAAGGGGCAGCAGGCCAGCAGGGCAGGGCUUGGCCGAGUUGCAGGGCCCUGCCGGCCUCUUCCUGGGCAGGAGGCAGAGCCCCCUGUUCCCUGAGACCUUCUACUUCUCUGCCUUGCACAAUUGGUAUGGCCAGGAGAUCUCGGAGCUGAGGCAGAGGUGGAUGCAGAGGGCCCGGGGGAGCCGGCCAGAACGUGAGAAACAGGAUGGGCACUGAGCCUCGGCUCUUUGGGUUCUGCCCUUGUCCUGCUGGUCAGGACACCAGAGCCAGUGCUUCUCCAGGAAUUUAAUGUUUAUUUGUUUUAAAGUUGCUUUUUUUGAGAGGGUUCUCUCCUUCCUGCUUUUUAGGCCUCCUCCAGGCUCCAGAUCCACCUUUGUGCCUGGAGGGGGACCAAGGAAUCGUUAACUUGCAACCCCUUUGUUUCCUGAGGCCCAGAGAGGAGGGGAUGCUUGCUCAGCAACCACAGGGCCAGACCCAAGUCUCCUGACUCUGUGCUGGACUGCUCCGCUCUCAGGGAAUAUUAAUGAAAUGGAGGAAGUGGGGACUAUUGCAUGGCCUCAGGCUGCCCUGCCUGUUUACCUACACAACAGACUCUACAACCACAACUUCUAACAACAGACUCUACAACCACAACUUCUAACACAGGGAGUCGUGUGUACAUUUAAAUACCAGAAGCUGGCUGAAAUGUUGGGUCGAGGGACUGACACUGUCAGGGAAAGUGGAUUUAUUGUCCUGGGGGUUUCUGGGGCCCAGCUCUUCCUGAGCAGUGGGAAGAUUGGGCAUAGGAACUGCAGUUUGGGUGGGGCCCUUUGGAGGGGCAGGGCCUUCAGCCAACGAAGAGGGAUUGAUUCUUCUCAGCAAGUGUUGGAGCCCCCAUCUUCUCUCCCUGGCUGCCUUGUCUAUAGAUGGUGCUGGUCAUUGUCCCAAGAGGGGCUGGGAGCUUUUUAUGUCAGCAGAAAUCCUUCCUAUAUUCUGUCCUUAGCAGCCAGCUCCUGGAGCUGCCAAGUGGGAAGCCAAAGAAGCGAGGAGGCAGUGUGGCUCCCUGGGGAAGCCAGGUUGUUAUUUUGGUUUUCAGUCGAGGGCAUUCUGGGAGUUUGAACACCAGGAUAAAUUCUUCUAACUGCUCCCAGAGAGCUGUUCCCAACCCUGAACCCCUCCUAGGAACUCAUUCACCAUCCUGCUUGUCAGCCAGCGCGUAUCUGCCAAGACCCUCUCACUGCUACUCUCAGCAGCAUGGCGCCAAGUGUUUUAUCGAUUGUUUUGGGAGGCAAAGUGGCUGCGUCUAGAGAGCCAGCAGCCAGACUAGCCUGAGCCCUAGAGGUAAGGCAGCAGUGGCUGGAUGGAAGAUGCAGAACCUGGUCAAGACAUCCCCCCCCCCCCCCCAUACACACAGUCUGCCCCUUCUUAAGACUCUCAAUCCCUUAUUAGGGCCUUGGGUAGCCUGACCAGGGCCAACGAGGUCCAGAGGCUGUGACCGACAGCCUCUUAAGUCCAGCACGCCCAAGGCCACCCAGAGUCCAGAACCGGUUCCUGCCAGGCUUGUGUCCUAAGAAGAGGGGCUACCUUCCGAACCCUGUACAGGAGUCCCACAGCCCACUGCGCCUUGUUUUCUACACAGACACUAUAGGCUUUUAUCUUUCUUAUGGUUACAGUAUUUUUAUAUGAUUAAAACAUUAGGUUUUUAUUACUCAUUUUGGUUCCUCAAAGUUUAACAACCACUUGACCAAUUUGUGCAAAAGCCCCAUUUCUCCCCUUCAGUUAUGGUUUACAUUUGCCUAUAGAGAACGUAUACCUUGGCAAGAAAUAAAAUUCCCAAAUCACCCAAGUAGUACAACUAAUACAUUUAUAUUUUUUAAAUAUUAAAAAGAGAAAUACAAUUGUUUCAAGCUCAA